CCACAACCGGGCACUUCCGGUGGCGUUCCCGGCUCCCACCGUCCUAGCGGCGCCUCCGGACGCCGAGCCCUGGCGUACCCAGAUCACUUCCGGGUGGAACUCCACGACCACGAGCCGCGAUUGGGCGACCGUAGACGGGGCACUUUCGGUGUCCAGGUGCUUGGGUUCUUUGGCUGGAGGAGAAAAAUGAAGCCCGGCGCCUCGGCCCGUGCUUGGUCUUUUUUGUGGCUGCUGCAGCUGUUGCUCUCUCUUGACCUGGUCCGCUCCAGCGGUCCCCGCACCUUAGUGCUGCUGGACAACCUCAACCUGCGGGAGACGCAUUCCCUUUUCUUCCGGAGCUUGAAGGAUCGGGGCUUUGAACUCACAUUCAAGACCGCAGAUGACCCCAGCCUUUCCCUUAUUAAGUAUGGGGAGUUCCUCUAUGACAAUCUCAUCAUCUUCUCCCCCUCGGUAGAAGAUUUUGGAGGCAACAUCAACGUAGAGACCAUCAGCACCUUUAUUGAUGGUGGAGGCAGUGUCCUGGUAGCUGCCAGCUCAGAUAUUGGUGACCCUCUUCGAGAGCUGGGCAGUGAAUGUGGGAUCGAGUUUGAUGAGGAGAAAACGGCUGUCAUUGACCAUCACAACUAUGACAUCUCAGACCUUGGCCAGCAUACGCUCAUCGUGGCCGACACGGAGAACCUGCUGAAGGCUCCAACCAUCGUUGGGAAGUCAUCUCUAAACCCCAUUCUCUUUCGAGGUGUUGGGAUGGUGGCUGAUCCUGACAAUCCUUUGGUAUUAGAUAUCCUGACGGGCUCUUCCACUUCUUACUCCUUCUUUCCGGAUAAACCUAUCACCCAGUAUCCACACGCAGUGGGGAAGAACACCCUCCUGAUUGCUGGGCUCCAGGCCAGGAACAAUGCCCGGGUCAUCUUCAGUGGCUCCCUCGACUUCUUCAGCGACGCCUUCUUCAACUCAGCAGUGCAGAAGGCGACGCCCAGCUCCCAGAGGUAUUCCCAGACAGGCAACUACGAGCUAGCUGUGGCCCUGUCCCGCUGGGUGUUCAAGGAGGAAGGCGUCCUCCGUGUGGGGCCUGUGUCCCACCACCGGGUGGGCGAGACAGCCCCACCCAAUGCCUACACCGUCACUGACCUAGUGGAGUAUAGCAUCGUGAUCGAACAGCUCUCAAACGGCCGAUGGGUCCCCUUUGACGGUGAUGAUAUUCAGCUGGAGUUUGUCCGCAUAGAUCCUUUCGUUAGGACCUUCUUGAAGAAGAAAGGUGGCAAGUACAGCGUCCAGUUCAAGUUGCCUGAUGUGUACGGUGUGUUCCAGUUUAAAGUGGAUUACAACCGGCUAGGCUACACACACUUAUACUCCUCCACUCAGGUGUCAGUGAGGCCACUCCAGCACACGCAGUAUGAGCGCUUCAUCCCCUCGGCCUAUCCUUACUACGCCAGUGCCUUCUCCAUGAUGGUGGGGCUCUUCCUCUUCAGCGUCGUCUUCUUACACAUGAAGGAAAAGGAGAAGUCUGACUGAGGCCAGAGCCCGGGGACCCCUCCCAGCAUGGAGACGACAGAGGGUUUCAGUAGGACUGGGUUUUUUUUCCCUUUAUGGUGGCUGUUUUGUUUUUUUAAGCCGUGGGACAAUGGCACAGCCUUACCUCAGUGGAAGAUGCAGCAUUGAGUACCAAGGGAUGGGGGUUAGGGAGUGACUUUUAUGUAAAUUUUUUCACCUGAUGCUAAGCAGUGUUUUUCAUACAUGCAGUCACUGUCAUUUAUAAAAUAAAGAGAAACAUUGCCCUCACACUUCA